AUGAGCCCACGUCACCCCCUUCCGUUGCGCUUUGUCAGGGGCACGUGUAUGCCCCAUGACACGCGCGCCACGGCCCUAGUGGGUGCAGGGGUGCAGGCGGUAUACAAGCCUUGUGGGCUGCCCUACUACUCCCCAGCCCAGGUCGCGGCCGCGGGGGAUGGACGACGGCUUUUCACGAUCCGCCAACUCACAGGGUCUUCAAACGUCUCCGAGGCCCUCCUCGAGGGGGGGUUGGACGCCUCGGAUUCCCUCCUCGGCCGCGCCACGGAGCUCGGUGGCCCUGGUGCGAUGCCCCACCUCGCGCUGCCGCUGGUCUCCCCCCUGCGCCUGGGCCGGGUCGCGGCUGACGUCGUGAACGGCUGGACAGCCCUCCACAAGGGCCUCACCCUCCUCGCGAGCGCCCCAGGCGAAGCCCUUUUUUUGCGAAAUGCGGCCCGCAUGGGCUUGGUGGGGAGUGUUCACCGCGUGCUUUGCCGCUUGCCGUGCGGGAUCGGCCAGCGGGCAAGGCGGGAAGCCAGCCGGACGAACUCCUUCACCCGGGCCCCACGCCUUCCCGUGGCCUCACCGCCGCCGGGCGAGGUUGGGAUUCCCAUCCACAACGCAAAUGGCACCCUACCCAUGGGUAUUCCUCACGACCCUUUGAUCAAAGGCGGGUUUAUUCACUUCGGGCUUGGUGUACUGCGUUAUGAAGGCUCUCUAUCGGCCGCUUUAGACAACCGACGCGCCUUCCACGGGCGAACCUCACAAAUCGCUCAGCAAAAGAGACGUUUGAAUCAGCUUUUUCUGCCCUUUGAGUUGCGGGACUCGCACCAGAGUUUGGGCACCGAUGCGGAGGAAAUGCGCCAUAGCUCAGAUGGGGACGAAUUACCGACUUCUUCCGUGUCCAAGUGCAGGCAUGCCUGGAUACCAGAUGAGCAUUUGCUGGGUGUGUCCUUCAGCGGAGGCGGGGCUUUUUCAAGCGAUAAUGCCUCACGCCGUAAGCAGAACAAUCUCGAUGCUGAUAAUAUUUCAUCAAACCGAGAGGUACAUAUGGAAUAUAAGUUACUUGCUCUUUCACCUAACCCUAGUAGCGACUUGGCGCUUUACGAAGUCCGUGCCCACGACUUAACAAGCGAAGAGAUACGGACUCUGUUUGCCGCCGAGGGCUUUUUUGUAUUGAAUGACUUUGAGAAUGAUAAUGAGCUCGCGUUUCUGAUGGAACGUGUAGCGAGCGAAAUACGACGUACGACGCCGGCAACCCUAGUAAAUGUUCCCAUGAAUCUUCAACACAUGGUGCGAAACGGUAGUGCGGAGGAAUUGGUAUUCACCCCGCUUAUAAAACGUCCGCUGGAGUGUGCUGAUUAUCAGGCACUUCGAGGCCUAAUGGAAAGACGAGCGCAACUCGUGUCGAGUGGUGUUGUUUUUGAAGACGACCCGCUCAAGAUAGAUGGUAAUCACGCUGCAUCGAAUGGGGAAAAUGAGAGCCACGAAGGUCACAUAGAUGAGGAUUCUGAAUUUCUUUUAAAAAUAGAAAAGACGCUUCAAACUUACAACUCCAAAAGCCGCUCAAAAUACUCAAACAAUGCAUUCGAUACCAUUAGCAGCCUUCUCUUCGACGUUCUUAGUCGUCAUUCUGCUGAGGAACAACAAAAGAUUUUAAAUAUUUGCCUUGGCACCGGGGUAGAGUGCAUUGGUAUAAGCUACCCAGACCCUGCUGACUUGCCUACCAUACAUUCCAUGCAGGAACUGCAUUCGAGCUAUGAGAAAAGUGGUGGUGGGAAUUUUUUCCACCAGCUCAAAAACCAGUACGUACAGGGUAUGAAGUUUAUUUCUCAUUACAGCCUAGGGGCAUCUGACAGCACGGGUACUGUGCAGGUGGAUUCUAGUUGGCUUCUUCGUCAACCCUCUCCAAACAUAUCGAGAAGUAGUCCGAAAAUUUCUCAAGGGAUGUCAGCUAGUUUUAUAGCGGAUGUAUCAGUUUCAUUCGCUGCGGCUUUGCUCUCAGCACCGGUGUCUGCCGUUGGAGAAGAGAAAGAAAGAAUGGACGUUAUGAAUUCCAGUACGAAAACACCCUUGCAAUCACAUGAUCAAAAUUCGUCCGCCAUCACCCCACCGCUGCUUACCAAUUCAUCGGUAACUCAAUCGGAAACGAGUACGGCAAAUGGCGCUAAUUCGAUCCAGGCCCACCCUCUCCACCACACGGUCAUUCCUGUUGUGUACCAGGAGUGGUUUAAGGAUUGGUUUGAGGCCCAUACCCCCCCUAGUAAGGGGGAUUCAUCCCAUCAAGAUGGGAUGCUUUUGCCAAUGCCCUUGUUAACGCCGUGGCAUCACGCCGUACCCUUUAUUCGAGCGGAAGAGUUGGGCGACUUUGUCUGUGCGAUCUGCGGCGGCACCGGGCAUCCAUGGCAAUGCUGUCCACGACGGCCCGAGCUCCUGAUCCACCCAUUACCACCCCCUCCAUCCCGUAUCACGGGGGAAGAGGAAUCGAACGCGAUACAUUCAACCAUCAGGGGCUCCGUGAGCAGUUCGAGGGGGUUCUCUGUGAUGAACUCGGAGCCAUUGGACUCCCUAGAAGACCUCACCAGCGCCCUGGCGGCGGCCGAGGACUUUCGAGCGGAUAGAAGCCUCUCUAGAGCUGAGGGUGGGGCCCUGAGAAGGGGGGUGACAGGGCCCUUUUCCCCUUCUGAUAUAAUAGCGGUUCCAAAUCAGGCCCCGACCCUCGCUUUUCACGCCAACGCGCUGCUUCGAAAGCGGGGGAAGCCCACCCCACCUCGCCGCGCGCGGCGCUGCGCUUAUUGCCAUGGCCGCCAUUCCCUCGCGGACUGCCCUGGGCUGUCGGGGGCGGACGUCCCGGUCUCGACAGGGGUAUCGUCCUCCCUCCUGCGUGCGCACGCCAAACGGCUUUUCUGUAUUCAUUGCGGGGCCACAGGGCAUCUUUUCGCGGACUGUCCGGGCCUCCCAGCGGAGUCCCGCUCUCCCUCGCGCUGCCAGAUCUGCGGGGGCGACCACACACCCCUCCGCUGCCCUCGCCGCCGAACGCCACCGUCGGGAUACUUCGCGAAUGGCAUCCCGCAGGAUCUCGCGAAGGAUCUCCAGAGGGAUUCCACCAAAGACACCCUGCCAAAGAAGACGCGGCGGGGGGGGUCGAUGCUGAUCGCCGACAGUUUUGUGAGCUCGAAAUUCGGGGCUUAG